CAAACCUGGAGAAAAACCUUUGAGUCGCUCAAAGACUAAAAAGACAUUUUUAAAGAAAAGAAGAGCCAAGAAAUCUUUCACCUGCACUCAGUGUGGAAAGAGUUUCCCAAACAAAUGUAAUUUUGAGCGUCACAUGAGAGCUCAUGCUGGAGAGAAGCCGUUCACAUGUGAUCAGUGUGGGAAGAGCUUCUCAAGGAAAGAUAGUCUUGAGCGUCACAUGACAGUUCAUCCUGGAGAGAAGCCGUUCACAUGUGGUCAAUGCGGGAAGAGCUUCAGAAACAAACCUAAUCUUGAUGUUCACAUGACAGUUCAUACUGGAGAGAAACCACACACAUGUGAUCAGUGCGGAAAGAGCUUCACACAAAAACCUAAUCUUAUACGACACAUGAAGAUCCAUACAGGAGAGAAACCACACUCAUGUGAUCAGUGCGGGAAGAGUUUCGCACAAUCACCACACCUUAAGAUUCACAUGAGGAUCCACAACGGAGAGAAGAAGUUCACAUGUGAUCACUGCGGCAAGUCGUUUCUUAGGGCAUCAAACCUGAAGACACACCUGGUAGUUCAUACGAAGGAGAAGCCACAUUCAUGUUCUGUGUGUGGAAAGAGUUUUUCACUGCUCUACAUUUUACAUGUGCAUCAGAAAAUUCAUAAUGAUGUGAGAGACUACAUGUGCUUUGAGUGUGGGAAGAGUUUUACUGCAGCAAGCAGUUUAAAACUUCACCAGAGAAUUCACACUGGAGAGAAACCGCACAAGUGUUCAUACUGUGACAAGAGAUUCAAUCAGUCAUCAUAUCUGAAAGUACACGAGAGGAUUCACAGCAGAGAGAAGCCGCACACGUGUAAUCAUUGCGGAUUGAGUUUCUCUUUUAAAAGUCACCUGAAGAUACACAUGAAGAUCCAUGCAGUGGAGAAACCAUAUUACCGUGAUCCGUGUGGGAAGAGAACUACCAGAAAGCAUCUGCAAGAGGAGGACAGAGAGAACACCAGUGAUCCAGAACCUGCAGAAUGAACCAUCACAAUACUGAAGAAAAAAAGAGGUUUUUCUUCAUUCAUUAUAAAGCUGAGGAACAUGCUGAUGAUCACUACAGUUACAUUGUCUCAGUUCAAAAAUAAAUAAAAGGAGAGACUAAAGCACACAAAAACCCAAGUGAUUUUUUUUUUCCUAAAACCUUUUUGAAUUUUGAAAAUUCUGUAAAAAAUGUUUCAGAUCUACAAACCCGAUUCCAAAAAUGUUGGGACGCUGUACAAAUCGUGAAUAAAAACAGAAUGCAAUGAUGUGGAAGUUUCAAAUUUCAAUAUUUUAUUCAGAAUACAACAUAGAUGACAUAUCAAAUGUUUAAACUGAGAAAAUGUAGCAUUUUAAGGGAAAAAUAAG